AUGGCGACGACUCUCGUCCCUGCGCCGCCGUAUAUGCUGGGCCAGCGUCCGUCGCGCGCCCCCACCUCCUACUCGUGCGUGCCUUCCUUCCGUCAAGUGCCGUUUGUCCGCAUCAGCGCCCGUGUGGACAGCGGGGUCAAGGUCCGCAAACAGCUGCGCAAGUACUUGAAAGCAGCGUCGGCCACGCAGCAAAUGGUGGCGCAAACGCACUUAAGCGACGCCUGUCUGCCGGCGCUCCAGCCGCAAGAGGUCGCGCAGUCGUGUUUCCAGGCCUUUUUCAAGCAGAUGCGGACGUACAGUCAAGUGCUGGGCACGAAGCACUUGGCCGCUAGUAAGGCGUAUCUGGACAUGACGAAGCCGCUGGAGAACUCUGGAAAGUCGAGGCGCUGGGCCAAGGACGUGUACAACUUGGUCCAGCGCUGUGUCGCGGACGUGCACGUGGCCGAGAAGAAGAUGGACAAGGCCAGGAGUCGCGUCGUGCGGGCGGCAGAUGACCUUGCGCACUGGAAAUCCGUCUUUUCAGCUAACGAAGCCACGUUACAAGUACAGCCAACUAGCCCGGAAGUGAAGAAAGCGUUUCAGGCUGCCCAGUGCCGCUUUUCCAGCGCAGUGGGGGAAGAUGAAGCAGCCGGGGUCGAGUAUGACGAGGCACGGACUUGUUUGAUACGGGCCGUUGCCAGGCGGGACGAAGUCGUGGAAGAAGCGACGGAUUUGUCGCAAAGUGUGGAGGAAGACCGAUUGGAUACACUGCUGAUCGUCAUUGGACAGUUUGUCGAGACGAAAGUCGCGAUUCUUCAGGCAGAAAUCGAAGUCAUGACGGACUUACAAAACACGCUCAAAGCGAUGGACCGCAACUCGGUUGUCCAGCAGUAUAUUGUGGACAGCAUGUCACCAGGAUUGACGCACCGUCAUGCGAAGGCUCUCGGGUUGAUGGAAUGGCAUCGCGUGUCGUGGCGAUACGAGCAGCAAUUGCGGCAAUCAGCUGAUCCGGGUAGCUGCUUGGCAGGCACACGCUCUUCCAAAGAACUAGCAAAGCUCAAGGCUUCGGGAGUAUCGGAGAAGGAUGUCGAGAUUAUCAAGGACUUUGUCUCGAGCUGCUUCAUUGAACCUGAGGCAGCUCUCGUUUCUCAUACCGCUCAAGCUUCUUCCGGUACUAUUUUAUCACUAAAACACCGCAGCAAGUUUACGGAUGCAUCAGCUUCAACCACGCAGUCGGUGUAUCGCCUCGGGGUCGUGCGACGGAUUGUUUUAGAUUGCCUCAGGCACCAGCGAGUGCACGAUCGCGAACUCUCACGGGACGGUUUUUCUCGACUUGCAGUAGCGUUGCGAUAUCUGUUGGAUGCCUGUGUUGCACAGCAUGACACGCGCACGACAAUGCACCUUAUGAAUAUGCUACAGACUUUCUACCGCAAGACCAGCAAGGAUGGUCAGGAGUAUCUCCAUGCAGCGUUGAUAGAUCAUGCGGCGUGGCGAAUAGCUGGGUAUUGGGGAGACGCGUUGUUGGAAAGCGUGGCGGAGGAAUUUAAUAAGGCACCAAUGGACACACCAUGGUAUUAUCUGGCCGAUGCUGAGCGUGCGCAGAAGGUGCUAGAUGUGCACAAUAUCAUCUUCGGCCAGGCCUCGGCUUAUCUGUAUCAUCUGUCCAGCUUUGGCUUCUCUCGACGGCAGCUGCUCCAAUACGCGCACAGUGUGUGCUAUGCAUACGAACUGGGCGAAGAGCAGCGCAUUAGUCUAUACUCAUCAGUUCGGAGCAUGGUCCUGGACCGAUCGCAAGAGGACGAGUACGAGGAGAAGCGGCAAGAACCGAUGGAAUGUGACGACGACGAUUGGCAGCACACUUUUGAACGUGACAGUAGGCAGUCCGACCGUGCUAGCAGCCGGGUUCCUGCCAAACGGACUGCCGAUGUGCAGUUUCCGCCGACGUCAUGCGCCCCACCGGACUGGUCGUCGUUCUCAAGUGGCGGUGGAAGCAGUGAUGUUGGUUUCGAUAGCAAUGUGUCAAAAUUUGGCCGCAAACGUAGGGAGUCGACCGCAUCGACUGCAGCAACAAUCAUGGAGGGAUCAACUUCGGCAUCUUACGUUGGCAGUUUGCGUGAUUUUGAGGACACGAAAACGAUUGCAUCCACUGUGAUUGGCGAGGAUGGCGAUGAGUCAUGGGAGAAUUUGUUCGGGACAACGGUCGCAUGCAGCACUUUGACAGAGAACGAGUCGAUAUCGUCAGUUUUGGGCGUUGAUGAAGACACGUCUGAGUCUAGCGAGAAGCACAAGGAUAAAAUGAUGAAGCGGCGCAAGAACUCGCGCAAGUUUAACGACCAGUUACGGCUGGCGCGCACCAUACCCCUCAGUCUUCGCAUUCAUGAGGAGGAGGAAGAGAGCGUGCCAGUACCCACCGCAAUAGCAGCAGUACAUUCACAUGCAAGGAAAGAAUUCGAGCAGCCACCGGUACCACCUGGCCGUCCGCCGGCGUCUGCCGGAACUUUGCUACGCCACCGUUCGAGUGACAAUAUCUUUAUGGCGGCGCGAAGGGAGACUGGCGAUCUGCCACCUACACACGGGACUCAUUCGCAUGUUUUGAGACACGACUCCGGUAUAGCCACCGACGAGAGCGGAGGCGCGAGGAUAGAAAGGAGGAGACAUCGGAAACUGCACAAGGCUCGGUCCGUCGCGAGCAUUGACACAUCCGUCUUACGAGCGGAGACCCAGCAGGCGUUCAAUACAAGCCGCAAUACCAUUGAUCCAGCAGACCAGAUCAAGAUGAUGGCGGCUCGGAUGAAAUCGAGACGUGAAGAGAAUUCGGACGGCAAGAUCGAUUUCGUGGCGUUUGCACGCACCCGAAGUGAUGCUACCGGAUCAACGUGUCCGUCUCCUGCAGCACUAUCGCAAGAACUCUCAUCUACAUCUACACCAAAGAAGAAGAAGAAGGAAUCAAGAACACUCUCAGGUGUCGCAGCUCUGCGCGCUCGCUUCGAGAACAAAUGA